GUUGGUGUAAAAUUAAUGCAAGAAUGUUAAAGCAACAGACAAUUGUACCAUCAAUCGUGAACAGAUAACAAAGUGAGUGAUAGCUUUUUGUAUGCAAUAAUGACUAUUAAUUUAAGUGAUACGUGUGAAAAAAUUUUGCUCCAAAUGUGACGUUUAUAAAGAACAGUGCCAAAACAAUGUUUUGCUGCAAAGAACUAAAAGUUAUUUACGCUACUGUUGUUAUUUUACUCGAAGCGGAUUUGUUAGUGAACACUAAAGCAAUGGAGUCGCUGAGGUCUUCCAGUAUUGCACAAAAAGGUGAUGAUUUUAAAUCAUUGGAGCUCUGCACAACGAGAAAUCAGCAGAGGCUGGGCAGUGUGUUUGGUAAUUUUACAAGACAUCAUAAGAAAGGUCAUAGAAGAAGAACAACUACAACAACAUCGACACAAACUACAAUAAUUUAUACAUCAACGGAUAAUAUAGAAGACUUUACGACAAACGCCUACAUACUAAGUACUCAAGCAACAGUUCUGAACUUACCUAAACCUCUACGAUUGUCUUCAUUAAUGUUAGAUAAAGACUACGAUGAUGUAAAUAAAUAUGACCAGAUAAAUAAAAAUGAAGUGAAAGAAGUAAGCCGGGAAAGACAUUCAAAACACUAUGAACGAAUAAAAAAAGAAAUACUUCUUGAAUUAGAUGACGAAUCAUUAACAAAAUCAUUGAAUAAAAUAAAAAAACUGUACAGGGAUUCAGCCACUUCCGCUAUUAACAAAGUUAAUAGCAAAACAAGCAAAACUGGUAUUUUUCUGACUGACAAUUGUACGACAGUUGUAGCCCAAAUCGGAACAACAGCUAUAUUACACUGCGAAGUCAGUGACAUAACUGAAAAUACGGUUACUUGGAUAAGAAGAAAAGAUUUCUCACUUCUGUCCGUUGGUCUUGUUACUUAUAGUGCGGAUAACAGAUUUUUUUCUGCUCAUGGGAGGCAUGUUAAGGAUUGGGCGCUUCAUAUAAGGUUCGCCACAUCUGCAGAUGGUGGAUAUUACGAAUGUCAAGUACCAACACAUCCACCAACAAGUAUAUUCUUUAAACUUGUUUUAGUUGCCGCAUACGCCGAAAUUGUUGGGGAAUCUGAGAAGAUCAUUCACGAAGGUUCUAUGUUGAAGCUUGUUUGUGUUGUGAAAAGAUCUACAGAGCCACCUUCCUAUGUUUUCUGGUACUUCGAAAAUAGAAUGAUUAAUUACGAUUUAAAUGGUGUGAGUGUAAAUAACGGUCGUCAAACAAGUGAGCUGAUAAUCGGUAAAGCGGAGCCGAGACACGCCGGAAAUUACACGUGUGUACCGGCCAACGCCAAAGCCGCGUCCGUCACCGUGCAUGUUGUGCAAAGUGAAACUCCAGCGGCGAUGCAGCACGGUAACUCAUCAGUUAUGAAAACUGGUAUACAUUAUACAACACAAGCGUUGAUAGCAUUGGUGAUGUUAAUUUUAAUAUUUAAAGAAAACUAUCAAGAAUUCGGAUAACAGA